UGGCCCGCAGCCCACCCCACCCCACCAUCUGCCCCCAUGCUGGAUCACCGAGCCAGGAUGGAGAGCAGCAGGAAGGAGAAGGUGGAGCAGAUCCUGUCGGAGUUCCAUCUGAAGGAGGAGGACCUGAAGAAGGUGAUGUACCGGAUGCAGAAGGAGAUGGACCGAGGGCUCAAACUGGAGACACAUGAGGAAGCCUCUGUCAAAAUGCUGCCCACCUAUGUCCGUUCCACCCCUGAGGGCUCUGAGGUGGGAGAUUUCCUGUCACUGGACCUGGGUGGCACCAAUUUCCGCGUGAUGCUGGUGAAGGUGGGCGAGGGGGAGGAGGGGCAGUGGAAGGUGAAGACGAAGCACCAGAUGUAUUCCAUCCCAGAGGAUGCCAUGACCGGGACGGCUGAGAUGCUUUUUGACUACAUCUCCGAGUGCAUCUCUGAUUUCCUGGACAAGCACCAGAUGAAGCACAAAAAGCUGCCCCUGGGCUUCACCUUCUCUUUCCCUGUGAGGCACGAGGACAUCGACAAGGGCAUCCUCCUGAACUGGACCAAGGGCUUCAAAGCCUCCGGCGCGGAAGGGAACAACGUGGUGGGGCUGCUGAGGGACGCCAUCAAACGGCGAGGGGACUUCGAGAUGGAUGUGGUGGCAAUGGUGAAUGACACAGUGGCCACAAUGAUCUCCUGCUACUAUGAAGAUCACCGGUGCGAGGUUGGGAUGAUUGUGGGGACGGGCUGUAAUGCCUGCUACAUGGAGGAGAUGCACAACGUGGAGCUGGUGGAGGGCGACGAGGGGCGGAUGUGUGUGAACACGGAGUGGGGAGCCUUUGGUGCCUCUGGGGAGCUGGACGAGUUCCUCCUGGAGUACGACCGCGUGGUGGACGAGACCUCACUUAACCCCGGUCAGCAACUGUACGAGAAGAUCAUUGGAGGGAAGUACAUGGGGGAAAUCGUGCGGCUGGUGCUGUUGAAGCUGGUGGAUGAGAACCUUCUUUUCAAUGGGGAGGCCUCUGAGAAGCUCAAGACUCGUGGGACUUUUGAGACCCGCUUCAUGUCCCAGAUUGAGAGUGAUUCUGAUGACCGCAAGCAGAUCUACAACAUCUUGUCAGCCUUUGAGCUGCUGCCAUCUCGGACAGACUGUGAGAUCGUGCGCCGGGUGUGUGAGAGCGUGUCCACACGGGCUGCCCAGAUGUGUUCGGCCGGGCUGGCCGGCGUCAUCAACCGCAUGCGGGAGAGCCGCAGCCAGGACACCCUCAAGAUCACUGUUGGUGUUGAUGGUUCCGUCUACAAGCUCCAUCCCAGCUUCAAGGACCACUUCCAUGCCACAGUGCGGCAGCUGACGCCUGGCUGUGACAUCACGUUCAUCCAGUCAGAGGAAGGCAGCGGGCGCGGGGCCGCUCUCAUCUCAGCCGUGGCCUGCAAGAUGGCCUGCAUGAUGGGGCAGUGAGCUGGACUCAGAGGGGGGACGGCAGGGGCUGGUGGUCCUGCUCGGAGCGCUGUGGGAGCAGACAUGGAUGCGGGAAGGAGGCAGCUCCGGCCCCCCAAUAAAU